CCUCCUCUUUCCAACCCUCCCACACAAACCAUCACUCUCUCUCUCUCUCUAACACACACACACAUUAGCACAAGGAGUGAAAUGCAGUGUUCUUAAAGGAUUUGCCUGAUCAUCAAUUGCCCACUUUGCUCAGUGAAGUUUGUUCAAUGGCUCUUACUUCUCUCCAAGUUUGCAUGGAUUCUUCUGAUUGGCUACAGGAGACGAUCCACGAUGACUCUCCAAUGGAUUCUUCUUCCCCAUCUGGGGACAUGUUCACAUGCCCAAGACCCUUGAUGGAAAGAAGGCUUAGGCCCCAACAUGACCAAGCCCUAAAGUGCCCACGGUGUGACUCAACCCAUACCAAGUUUUGCUACUAUAACAACUAUAGCCUUACACAACCGAGGUACUUCUGCAAGACCUGUAGGAGGUACUGGACGAAAGGAGGGACACUGAGGAAUAUACCGGUUGGCGGUGGAUGUAGGAAGAACAAGAAAGUUUCUACCAAGAAAUCAAAUGAUAAUAAAUCAGUCAACCACCAAAAUUCUAGCGGAUCAUCAUCGCACAGUCCAACCGAUCUACAGCUUUCUUUCCCUGAAGUGCCAUUUUCUCACCUCACUAACUUGCUAGGGAACCAUGGGGGACUUGGAAACCCUAGUUUCUUGGAGAGCAAGUAUAAUGCCAAUGCCAUGCUUGAAAAUCCUAGGCCCAUUGAUUUUAUGGAAAGUAGAUAUGAAGGUUUCAUGGGGAAUGGUGACUUGGCAAUGAUGGGUGGGCUUGGUCAUGACAUGAGCCAUGAUCAUGGGUUGACACCUAAUUUUCAUGGCUUAUGCUCUCCGUUUGGAGAGAAAUUAUUCAAUACGCCAGAAGCAAAUCUAAGUGGUCCGGGACCUUUUAUGGACACUUAUCAGAGGAUAAUGCUUCCAUAUGAAGAACAUAUUGAGAAUCAAACCACAAUGGAUGUGAAGCCAAACACCAAACUUUUGGCCAUUGAGUGGCAUGAUCAAGAAUGUUCUGAUGCUGGGAAGGACUCUUUUGGGUAUCUCAAUAGCAUGGGAUCAUGGACAGGAUUGAUGAAUGAGUAUGGAUCAUAAGAGCAUUUACAUAACAUUGUGGAGCACUUAUUUCUUUCAUAGAUAUAUAGAACUCACCUAUGUGGGGUUCAUAUCUUUGUAAAAUAUUAGCUCUUAUGGAUCAUCUACAACAAACCCAUUAUUAGUCUAUACCCUUUGUAAUCAAUGGUCCGAAAUUGCAGGUUGGCUCAAUCAACGGCUGUGCAUGAAGAAACCUAAACAUAAUCUAGGACUUAUAUUAAUACUUCUAAUUAAGUAUAUAUGUGCCUUUGAUGGAAAGGUUUUUAAUGUUUCUUUCUAUGAAGGAUUUUUAUUUUUAUCCUUUAAAUGAUUUAACCUAGUGUUGUUGAGUGUGAUUGAGAUUGUGAGCGUUCAAAAAUGGCUGCUUUAGAUAGUGCCUAAAGGUUGUUCUCUCCAUCCUUUUAUUUAUUUAUUUUGGUGUUGUUCAAACA